AUGUUUGGCAAUCAUAUUUAAUUUUUAUUAAAACAUAAAUGUUACGUUAACUAUGUUAGCCAAUAUAAAUCCAGUUUGUGAUAGAUGAAACUUGUACUUAACAGAAGUCUUAAUAAUAAUAACAAUUCAACCUACUCUUUUUAUUUAUUUAUUCAAUUUCUAUAGUGACCCAUCUUCCCACCUAUUUAUUUAUUCAAUUGCUAUAGCAACCUAUCUCUGGGCAUCUUAUAAUUCUAAAUUAUAAAGCAAUUUAAAAAACCUUAAAACAAUAAAAGUACCCACAAAAUAAAUAAGUACAAACCACAGUUGUGAUUAUUAACCCUCUAAUAGUAAAGCCACAUUAUCCUUAACCCAUUCCGAUACAGGGUCAAGUUUUUAAAGCCUUGUGAAAGGCCAACAGGAUUGAGACCAUUCUAAUCUCUAGGGAGAGAUUAUUCCGUAAGGUCAAGGCUACUGAAGAGAAAGCCCAUCUUUUAUACCCCACCAGUUGACCCUCUUUGGCUGAUGGGAUCUGCUGCUUGCCCUAUCUGUUGGAAUGAGUUGGAUGGGUAGAAACUCUUGGAAAAAGAUGCUUCCUCAGGCAACCUGGUCCCAAGCCAUGUAGGGCUUUAAAGGUGACAACCAGCACCUUGACUUGCAUCUGGAAACACAAUGGCAGCCCGUGUAGCUCACAGAGUAGCAGUGUUACAUGUGCCAUGUAGCCUUCGCCAUUUAUUAUCCAUGCAGCUUCACUUUGUACCAGUUAAAGUUUUUGAACGCUCUUCAAGGACAGCCCCAUGAUUAUUUGCAAUAAUCCAAGUGAGAGGUUAAAAGAGUAUGAGUGAUGGUGAGCAAGACUUCCUAAUCCAGGAAUGGGUGCAACUGCCACAUUACUGAAAGAUGCUCAAAGGCUCUCUUAGCCACAACACAAUGCCACUCACCCCAAUUCCUGGAGCUAGCCUAUGCCACCGAGAGGCAAGAAAAACCAGUAUCUCCAUUCUGCUCCCAUCAGACAUCAUCCAUAAUGUGAUAAAAUGUUGUUUUACUCCCAGACCCUGGCUUGAACCCCAACUGAAAGGGGUCUAGAUAAUCAACUUCAUCCAGGAUUCUUUGCAGCUGCCACACUUUCUUGGAAAACUUCCCUAAGAAGGGAAGAUUAGAAACUGGGCAAAAACUACCCAGCUUGGUUAGCUUGAGCAAUUGUCCUUUGAGGAAGGGGUGCACCACCACCUCUUUAAGAACUGGUGGGACCACACUAUCGUUCAAGUAGGAAUUAACUACAUCGAGAUCAAAUCCUGUGUCCCUUCCUGCACAACUUUAAUAAGCCAGGAAGGGCAUGGAUUUAAUAUACAAGUAGCCGAACUAGCAGCUGAGAAGAGCUUGUUCCAUGGCUCAAACUCUUCUCAGGUCACCUUAUUGGACAUAGCCCCCACCACCUCCACAGAUUCUGUUUUAAGGCUGGAGUCCAAUGUAGAGCAAAUGUGGGCCACUUUGUCUGCCAAAUGUGCAGCAUAUUCCUCACAGCAACUGUUCAGAUGAACUUCAAGGAGGGACCAAGUCACCUGAAAUAAGACUCAGCAGAUGUAACAAGGGCAAAGAAUUAGAGAUACUUGUUAUAAUGUCCCAUUAUCCAUUCUUGUUGAACAGUACUUAGGAGGAAGGAUAAUAGGGGAGCAUUUUUAGCUUAGAACUUUGGUGGAGUGGCUUUAAUAGUUAAUGAUUGAUGUGUGUUUUCUGGCAGGAAUUUGAGAGUGGGAAUCUAUUUAUUAAAGCACACAUAUAUUUAUCAUAUUUAUAUCCUAUGUUUAAGAAUUCAAGCUUCCUGCUUGAUUCCUAUUUUAUGCUCUAAAAUGGGUUGGACAAUAAGAUAGGAACUUGUUCUUGGCCUCCCUGCAAAUUUUAUAGCCAAAUUAAGGAUGUGUAUCUGACUGUGCCUCAUCGUUCUCCACACUAGUUCUGUGAUACGCUUGAUGGAAGCAGUCCUUGCUCUUUUCUGUUGACUGAUAUGAUUGUAUAAACAUUAUGCUGCAGUCAAUGUAUGCAAUUUAAUAAUCCAGUUUCAUUAUUCAAAAGCUACAAUUGAUCUGUCUAGAUUAAUGUCAAAAUUAUGGUUCAUAUAUCAUGCUAAGUUAAAAUAUCAUUUCUUUGUCUUUGAAUUAGCAUGCUGCAUAAACUAGCUAUUGUGGUUUGUAAACUCUGAUUUACCAUAUUUCCAUAUUUUUGGGUAUUACUGCAGGUUAACUUUUGUAAAAUAGCAAAAUUGCAAAGUUAAUAAGAAGCAUCUUGUUAACACUACCAAAUAUUCAAACAUCUGACAGUAUUUGCAUAGUGAUACUCAAAAUAGCUUUGCUGAAACGAAAUAACAAAGUAAGGAUUACUCAACCUUAGAGAAGCUGUAAGCACUAAGAUACAGUAGUAGAAUACUUAAUGCAACUAGAAGAUUUCGAAACAGGUUUCCAAAAUUCACACAGUCAGGAGGAAUGGAUAGAAACAGUCAACUUGGAAAAAGGCCGGUACCUCCACUGCCAAAUAUAGCAUCACAGACAACAGGGAUUUAUAUGUCUGCUGGAACACUGGCAUCAUUUCCUGUUCCCCCAAAAGGUUCACCCAAACAUUUGGAUGAUGAUGAUGAUGAUUAUGAUGAUGGUAGGGUUGUAACAAUAUCUUUACCACUAAAAGAACUGGAAAAGAAAGAAGAUCCUUCCAUCUGUAAACCUGCAAAAGAGAAUAACUCUAGAAAGCUUCACAUACCCAUUCUUUAUCUCCUAGUAGCAAUCAGUUUUGCAACAUGGGUUAUUUUCUUUUUCUUGGUCCUGAAGCAAUACUCAGAAAUUUCAGAGAAGAUACAGAAUCUAACAGAAUCUCAGAGAAUCUUAAAUCUAAGUCCCAACUACUCAGAGAAGAUUGCAAAUAAUUCUGUUUGCAGUCAAGGAAACUCCACAAUGGUUUCUUCAUGCCCCUUCGGUUGGAAGCAUCAAAGCAAAUACUGUUAUUACUUUUCAACUGAAAAGACAAACUGGAUUAAUGCCUUGUUGAAUUGUAUUAAUAAUAAGGCAUAUCUGGUUAGCAUUUCAUCUGAUGAAGAACAGGGUUUUUUGAAAAAUAACCUCAAUGAAGUUGACUAUUGGUUGGGUAUGAGUGAUUUAGAAGGACCGUGGAAGUGGAAAGAAAGUGGUAUGGUGGUCGAAACAAGUUUUUGGGAUCGAGGACAGCCAAGCAAGGAUGCGAACAAGGACUGUGGGCUCAUGCAUCCCAAUGGGACAUGGGCAUCUGCUGUGUGUUCUGAUCACAAUAGGUGGAUUUGCAAAAAGGAAUUGAUCUGCUGAAACAAUUCUUUUAGUUGUGUGCUCCUGAUACAGGAUUUAUAUAAUCAGUUAUGUACUGAAGAUGCUUAGUAAUCAAACAUUAGAAGUUAGCAUAUUGUUAUCAUUUAUAUUGUGAAGCACAAUUCCAUAUUGGCCCAUAUCAAAAUGUAUAGAUAAUAAGUUGUAU